GCCACCCCCCGCAGCGUGAUCAGCAAUGGCCAACAAGAUCGCCGUCGCCAGCGUCAUCGCCGCGGUGGGCAUCGUGGCCGUGAUCGGCACGAUCGCCGCGGUCACCGCCUCCAAGAAAGGGGGCGACAAGGACGGCGGCAUGUCGGCCGGCGUCAAGCUCUCGACGGUGUGCGCCUCCACGCUGUACCCGGAGAAGUGCGAGCAGAGCCUCAACCCCGUGGUGAACGACACCUCCAACCCGGAGGACAUCCUCCGGGCCGCGCUCAACGUGGCGCUGGACGAGGUCGCCGCCGCGUUCGAGCGGUCCGAGCACAUCGGCAAGGACGCCAAGGACAACCUCACCAGGAACGCCAUGGACGUGUGCAAGAAGCUCCUCGACGACUCCACCGAGGACCUCAGGGACAUGGCCAGGCUCAAGCCCGUCGAGGUGCUGGACCACGUCAAGGACCUCCGGGUCUGGCUCUCGGGCGUCAUGACCUACGUCUACACCUGCGCCGACGGCUUCGAGAUGCCCGAGCUGAAGGAGGCCAUGGACAAGGUGCUGCAGAACUCCACCGAGCUCAGCAGCAACGCCCUCGCUAUCAUCACCCGCCUCGGUGAGCUCCUGCCGGAAGAAGCAAAAAAGGUGAACGCCACCGCUGCUGCCGAUCACGGCCGCCGGCUUCUCGGCUGGCAGAUGGGCGAGGCCGAGGAGAAAACCAGCGGCGGCCGCGGGCUUCCGGCUGCUGAUGACAAGCUGAACGAGAUCGCGGACGUGACGGAAGCAAGCCGGCAGCUCCUAGCGGACACGUUGGACGAGAUCGAGGCGCUGUCCGACGACGCGAGCCGCCGCCAGCUCGGCCUCAUGUUCGCCAAGCUAUACAGCAGAGGCGACCUCCUCUGGCGCCGCCGCCAUUUGCUGAGCAUGUCGCUCACCGUUAUGACCAGUGCUGACGACGAACGGCGCAUCCGUCUGUCCCAUCACCUGCACACCAUCGCGAACAUGUCCACGGAGACCAACCGCCAACUCGUCGCGGAGGAGCUUCCCGGCGACCUCGAUGGCAGGCGCCAGGUGCUCUCCAGGAGGCUGAUGGGGAUCAACGAGGUCGCCGACGAGGCCAAGCGGCAGCUCGAGGCCAACGCGCACGGGGAUCCCGAGGAGCACAGGGUACUGAUGACCGCGGGCGGCCUCGUCGGCACGUUCGACGGGAUCGAGGACGGGCGCAGCGGGUUGAAGUCCAGCGACCUCCCCAAGUCGGCGCCGGCGAACCAGCGGAGGCUGAUGCAGUUGCCCGGCGGCCAGCAGAAGCCCAACAGCAGGUUGCUGACGACGGACCUCGUGGGCACGCCUGACGAGAUCGAGGACGACGCGUUGAAGAGGCAGUCCAGCGACGACCUCCCCGAGUGGGUGCCGCGCGACCUGCGGAGGCUGCUGCAGAUCCAGAAGCCCAACGCGGUGGUCGCCCAGGACGGGAGCGGCGGCUUCAAAAGCAUCACCGCGGCCAUCAACGCCGUGCCCAAGACUUACGAGGGCCGCUACGUCAUCUACGUGAAGGCCGGCAUUUACAAGGAGUACGUCACCGUCCCCAAGAACAUGGCCAACGUCUUCAUGUACGGCGACGGGCCGAGCAAGACGGUGGUCACCGGCGACAAGAGCAACGCCGGCGGCUUCGCCACCAUCGCCACGCGCACCUUCUCGGCGGAGGGCAACGGGUUCAUCUGCAAGAACAUGGGGUUCCAGAACACGGCGGGGCCGGACGGUCACCAGGCGGUGGCGAUGCACGUGCAGGGCGACAUGUCGGUGUUCUUCAACUGCCGGUUCGAGGGGUACCAGGACACGCUGUACGUGCACGCCAACCGGCAGUUCUUCCGCAACUGCGAGGUGCUGGGCACCAUCGACUUCAUCUUCGGCAACUCGGCGGCGCUGUUCCAGAACUGCCUCAUGACGGUGCGCAAGCCCGGGCUCAGCCAGUCCAACAUGGUGACGGCGCAGGGGCGCACCGACCCCAACAUGCCCACCGGCAUCGUGCUCCAGAGCUGCCGCAUCGUGCCGGAGCAGGCGCUCUUCCCCGACCGCCUCACGGUCGCCAGCUACCUCGGCCGGCCAUGGAAGGAGUACGCCAGGACGGUCAUCAUGGAGAGCACCAUCGGCGACCUCAUCAAGCCGGAGGGCUGGUCCGAGUGGAUGGGGGACAUCGGCCUCAAGACGCUCUACUACGCCGAGUACGCCAACACCGGCCCCGGCGCCGGCACCAGCAAGAGGGUCAACUGGCCCGGCUACCGCGGCGUCAUCGGCCAGGCCGAGGCGACGCAGUUCACCGCCGGCGUCUUCAUCGACGCCAUGACCUGGCUCAAGGCCACCGGCACGCCCAACGUCAUGGGCUUCACCAAAUAAUAAUAUUCAUCCAGCAGGCAUGCAGCAGCUAAUUAAUAGCCAUGUCCGAUCCGAGGGG